AUGUAGUAUGGAGCUUGCAUGCUGACGACGAGUCCGCAUUGGCGGUUCAGACGCGGUUUAUCAUGCAACUUAGCAUCCGCUGCUGAUGCGCAAGAUGCAAAGGUAUGACGGUCUGAAGCAAGAAGGCGUCUGCCAACGAGCGCAUGCACGUAUCCGUCAAUCCGAGAUCGAAGCAGUAUUACUCGUCAAGACAAGGACCGACGAUGUCAUCUACAAGAGACAACGCAUGCGUAAGAGUACAGCAGAUGCGAUCAGCUCGGGACAGUCCGCGUCCAUCAACCAUAUGCCUUCGUGAAACUU